AGGAGCAGCUUCCCGCAGCAGCCCGGCCCUUCACAUCCACAUCUGCCCGAGAGGACCCUGGUGCUGGGUGCCAGGGACCAGUGCCUCCCCAGGAUGGGGACCAUGGCUGGAGCAGCCCUGGUCUUGGCCUGCUUGGCUGUUGCUUCUGCCACCUCUGAAGGAGACCCCAGUACGUCAGAGCAGAAGGAGCUGAAGCCACAGUACAGCCCACAGCCCCAUGUUCAAGAGGUGGGCUAUGCAGCGCCUCCGGCCCCACCCCUGACCCGAGGUCUUCUCCUGGAUCACCCUGACACCUCUCAACAUGAGCUUCCCUUUGAGGGCCGGAGUGAAGUACAGCCAUCUUCCGUUAUGGUAGGUGCCCCAAUCCAACAGGAAGCACUGCCUCGCCUCCAGCUCCCUGCUGAAAGGCAAAGUGCCGUGGACCGCCCUCUUGUUUAUAAAUCCUUCCCCUUUCAAGAAGAGCUGCCUCAUCCUCAACUCCCUGUUGAGCAGAAGGAAGUGGAACCACUUCCUCCCCAACAGGAGCAGAAACCCUUCCCUGCCCGGCAGAGAGAGGAAGAGCCAGCUCCCUUCUUGGGCGAGGGCUUUCCAGAGCCCCUGUCCCAGAAGCCACCCCAGCACUGCCAACCGGGCCGAGCCCGUGGGAGCUGGGGCUCCCGGCUGGAUGGCUUCCCCCCUGGGCGGCCCUCUCCUGACAAUCUGAACCAGAUCUGCCUUCCCAACCGUCAACACGUGGUCUACGGCCCCUGGAACCUGCCACAGACUGGCUUCUCACACCUCACUCGUCAGGGGCAGACCCUCAAUUUGCUGGAAACCGGAUAUUCCCGCUGCUGCCGCUGCCGCAGCCACACACACCGUCUAGAAUGUGCACAGCUUGUGUGGGAGGACGCAAUGACCCGGUUCUGUGAGGCCGAGUUCUCGGUCAAGACCCGACCCCAUCAGUGCUGUGGUCGGCAGCGGGAGGCUCGAUUCCGCUGCUUCCAGGAGGCUGCUCCCCAGCCACACUACCACCUCCGGGCCUGCCCCAGCCACCGGCCCGCUAUCUCUUUGGGCCCCAAACUUCCUUUCCCUCCCGGGGUACCCACGCUGGACAAUGUCAAGAACAUCUGCCACUUGAAACGCUUCCGCUCUGUGCCACGCAACCUCCCAGGCACUGACCCCAUCCAAAGGCAGCUGCACACUCUGACCCGGCUGGAAGUGGAGUUCCAGCGCUGCUGCCGCCAGGGGAACAACUACAGCUGCGCCUGGAAGGCCUGGGAGGAUGCCCUUGAUGGAUACUGUGACCGGGAGCAGGCUAUAAAGACCCACCCUCACCCCUGCUGCCAGUACCCUCCCAGCCCGGCUCGGGAUGAGUGUUUUGCCCGUCAGGCUCCCUACCCCAACUACGACCACGACAUCUUGACCCUUGACCUCAGCCGAGUCACGCCUAACCUGAUGGGCCAUCUCUGUGGAAACCAGCGUGUUCUCACCAAGCACAAACAGAUUCCUGGGCUGAUCCACAACAUGACUGCCCGCUGCUGUGAGCUGCCAUUUCCAGAACAGGCCUGCUGUGCCGAGGAGGAGAAAUUGGCCUAUGUCGAAGAUCUGUGCGGUCCCCGACGUAACUCCUGGAGAGAUCCUGCCUUCUGCUGUGACUUGAGGCCUGGUGACGAACAGACCAACUGCUUCAACAUCAAUUACCUCAGAAAUGUGGCUCUCGUGUCCGGAGACAUGGGGGACUCCCGGGGCCCGCAGGAGCAGGGCCCAACUCGGGGAGCAACUGCCAGCCCCACCCUCGAGCCCAAGGCAGAGUGAGUCACCCCAGAGACUCGGAGGAUCAGUCGGAGGGAACCCCACCCUGCCCUGACACCGCAUGCCCGGGCACACCCUCCUAAGCCCCUGGGAGUCCUGUCAGUGACCAGCCCCUGAGGCCACCCCGUGACCCCCAUACUGGUCAGGCAACAGGUGCCCAGUGGGUUGGUGAUGGGGCCAUCACUAAACAGCUUGAGUUCGUUACUUGCCAUCUUGCAUUUAUUCAUGUAUUUCCAAAGGGACACAGCCUUGUGAGCUUCACAGUGGAAAAGAGAUAGUUCACGUCCUUCAGUCCAAAAAUAGCCCAGCCUGAAGCCUUACACUCUUCACUCCUGACCCCUUAGGACUCACACUCUGAUUCAACCAGUGUUCAUGUACUGAAACCCUGUCUGUGUGCUAAGACCCGGGGGAGGGGGUGGGGUGCAACACCUGUCUGAGAAACAGCCCCUGGGCCCAGCAGGUGGGUCAGUGUUAUGGUAGAGCCUAGCCAGGGUGCCCAGCGUGCUUUGAGUCCCACAGGAAUCCAGUCAGGGAGGAAGUAGGGCUGGCAGCACAGGUGCGCCAGGGCAGGCCUGCGCAGCGGCAGGAUCUGUCCCAAGUUGUUUGGGGGGAAAAGCAGCACUUGGCACAAGUACCACUUAACUACAGGAGCGUCCAGCGUGGGAGCGCCUGGCUCUUGGGUGGCCUCACCGCCAGGGGCUGCGCUUUCCAGCAGAGGAGAGCGGGUGUAAAUCUGCACAGCAUGGCGGGACCCCCAAGUCGGCUCUGAACGUAAGGGCCUGUGAUGCGUGGGCUGCGCUGGCCGGAGGGCUAGGGCGGGAAACUCUAAGGCCCUGCGAGGCUGCCCCAAGGAACCCCGGGCCCUCCAGCGCCCUCCAGGCUGGCGCUGAAAAACAGGAAGGAGGACCUCUCUGUUCUGGAGGAGAGGCUAAGCCACAGGCAAGCAGGGCUUCAGCCCUCAAGCCAAACCCCCUCAUACAUUUCUGUGACGUCCAUUUCUAACUAAGCAGCUUCAGGAUGGGUCCACUCCAUCUGCUCGUCAGCACGAAGGCCAAUGAGUGGGCGAGAGCAGCGUUUGGUCCCGCCCCUGCGGCAGCACCC